GGACCCCGCCGCGCCCGCGUCCUCUCUGGCCCUUGAUCCUGUGCCUACCGCCUCGCCAUGGCCUUGAGGCUCCUGAGACUGGCGCCCGUGUCCGUGUCGGCGCGCGGCCUCGCGGCGGGCGCCCCGCGCAUGGGAGGAAUUCAUACAGGUGCACGGUGCAGGCUGCAGUUUGGCCCUUUGGCGUUCAUACUUGGCGAUAAGACAAGCAGGAAGCUGACAGAGCAUAGCAAACUGGUGACCGUGGAUGGCAAUAUCUGUUCUGGGAAAAGCAAGCUUGCAAAAGAAAUAGCAGAGAGACUAGGUUUGAGGCACUUUCCGGAAGCGGGAAUACAUUAUGCAGACAGUACGACAGGAGAUGGGCAGCCACUGGACGUACAGUUCAGCGGCAACUGCAGUUUGGAGAAAUUUUAUGAUGACCCGAAAAGCAACGAUGGCAACAGCUACCGUCUGCAGUCCUGGCUGUACACCAGCCGUCUCUUGCAGUACGCGGACGCCUUGGAGCACCUGUUGAGCACAGGACAGGGCGUUGUGCUGGAGCGCUCCAUAUUCAGCGACUUCGUUUUCCUGGAGGCGAUGUAUAACCAGGGGUACAUCCGGAAGCAGUGUGUGAACCACUACAGAGAGGUGAAGAAGAUCACUGCCAGCGAGUACCUGCCUCCUCACGUGGUCAUCUACAUUGACGUGCCCGUCCCCGAGAUCCAGCGUCGCAUUCAGAAGAAAGGAGAUCCACAUGAGAUGAAGGUCACCUCUGCCUACCUUCAGGACAUCGAGAACGCCUAUAAGAAAACCUUCCUUCCCGAAAUGAGUGAAAACAGUGAGGUUUUACAGUACAGUGCAUGGGAAGCUCAAGAUGUAGAAAAGGUGGUAGAAGAUAUUGGAUGCCUGACGUUUGAGAAAGGGCCUUGGCCUGAUCAGGAUGAUCGUACCUUUUAUCAUCUGAGGUUGCUAGUUCAGAAUAAAGUGAAGGUGCUGAAUUAUACAACCAUUCCUGUCUAUCUCCCAGAACUCACGAUUGGAGCCCACCAGAACAACCGUGUCUUCCUCAGAUUCAGAGAGCUGCAGGGCCGGAAGUACCAGCCUGGGUACAACGCUGACGUGGGCGACACGUGGAUCUGGCUAAAGUGAGUGGGACCCCCUCCUCUGCAGCUCUGCUCUAUGAAGGAGCUUCCCGUCCGCCUGGCUCUCGUGCGCUCCAUGUAGUGUUCCAAUCUAAAAUAAAUAAAUGAACCAGAAAUCACACAGUAGGAGAAACGGCCUAGCAAAAAGCAGUCUGUUCUGUAGUAUGGCUCGUGGAGUUGAUGGAAACAACUUCCACGUAAGAGGGUUUGGAACUUUCUAGCUUUAUUUUGGAAUGAUCCAUAAUUAUCACUGGUAAAAAAAAAAAAAAAAAGGGUCUGCUUGCUACAAAAGACCAACUAUUAGUGAAGAAUCUCCUUUCGUCCCAGUUGUGCAGAUUUUGUACACUGUUGCUUCAGUCUUCAAGAAAUAAAGCCGUUUCUAUGUGAAUGCCUCUCCAUUUUGUAUCUACAGCAUAUGUGUGUAUAUAACAUGUGUAUUUUCCAUUUCCCUGUGGUUUGCUUUGACGUGGUUUGGUUUAAUUCAGACAAUUAUGGUUGAGGAGUUUUCCUGAAGUCUUUAUUUGAAUCAUUUUAGCAAUCUAACUGCUACAUGAGAAAAAAAAGUGAAAAUAGGAAAA